AUGGGCGUCCCACCAGAAGAGCACACGAUCAUCCUUUAUAAAAUAUUUGAGGUGCUUCCUGCUGCUGCUGGGGGCAUCGAAACAUUUACGGUUCGUGAAGUUGACUAUCAUGGUACCUAUAUCCCCUGGGGUCAGCAAAAUGAUGUUGGUACCACUAUCACUGAUGAGCUUUCAUCGGAACUUGAUAUGCUUACAUUGGAGUCCUUUCAAACUCAGUGGGUCAGGUUCGUUCCUGCGACUAGAUCAUCAGUUGAGAAAUUGCAGAUGGUGAGACUUGAUAGUUCGGAAGAAUCGACUCUGAAACUGAACCCAUUAUGUAGUAUAUGUAGGGAUGACUUUGCCAAAGGCUGUGUUGAUCAAUUGGUUAUUCCUUUACCUUGCGCACACUACUAUCAUGUAGAUUGCAUUAUCCGGUGGCAGGAGGUGGGUCACGUGUGCCCCUUGUGCCGAUAUGCCCUGCCAACUGUGCCAACUGAGGUAGAUAGCGAGCCUUCAAAUUCUUAA